AUGCCUUCCCUCUCUCUUGUCCUCUCCGCCUGCGUUCUAACACUUGCAUACGUCGUAUACAAGCGUUUUACUCGCAUUUCCCUCUCUCAUGUAAAAGGACCUGAGUCCAGCUCGUUCCUAUACGGAAACUUCCCCGAGCUUUUACAGUCACAGGCUGGGGAGGUAAUAGAUUUUGAAUGGGUAAAGACCUAUGGCGACGUCAUUCGCAUCCACGCACCUCUCGGAGGAGAACGUCUCUUCAUCACAGAUCCUAAGGCUCUGUCAUACAUCUAUCAGUCUGGUUACAACUUCAUCAAGUCACCCACCCGAAGUGCUCUAUCACGCAUUACUCUUGGCCCCGGAUUGCUCAAUGUUGAAGGCGAACAGCAUAGGCGCCAGCGAAAGAUCAUGACGCCAGGAUUUGGAAGUUCCGAAGCAAAGGCUUUUGUCCCGAUAUUCUUGUCAUAUGCCGCGAAGAUGGCAAACAAAUGGAGAGACAUGAUUUCUAUGGACGCAACAGAGACGAUCACUGUGGAUAUCCCUGAAUGGACAUCUCGGGCGACCCUUGAUGCGAUCGGUGAAGCCGCCUUCGACUAUCAAUUUGGAGCUCUCGAUAACGCCGAGAAUGAACUCGCGAACGCCUACACCAACCUUGUGUUCCACGUCUUCGGUAUUCCCAAGCCCAAAGAUAUUCUGGCUUUGAGCAUUAUGGACAUGCUUCCGGAUUCUUUUGCUAGGUUCAUUGUCAGGAAUGGUCCUUCUCCUCGUUUCGAAGUUGGAAGGAGGACGAACAAGUUGACAACUAGGGUCGCGAAGCAAUUGGUAGCGGAGAAGUACGCGGCUCUGAAGGAGGGAAAAGCCAGCAAAGACCUUAUGAGUCUGAUGGUUAAAGCCAACGCCUCAGGAAAUCCUGACAUGCGCCUCGAGGAGGAGGAGCUUCUCGCUCAAAUGAAUAUCAUUGUGUUUGCCGGACACGAAACGACGUCGAAUACUCUCUCCUUUUCUCUACUCGAGCUCGUAGCACACCCCGAAUGCCAGACCAAACUUCGCCAGGAAAUUCGAGAGACCCAACGCAAGAUGCGCGCUGUUGGGAGGGACGAGUUCACCGCUGCUGAUUUCGAUGCCAUGCCGUACUUGGCUGCCGUGGUCAAGGAAACUCUCCGUAUGCAUCCAGUCGUGUACAACGUGUUCAGAAUCGCGACGAAGGAUGAUGUCCUUCCCCUCCACAAGCCCAUUACUACGAAGACUGGAGAGAUAUUGACAGAACUCCCAAUUCCAGCGGGUCUGCAAAUUAUCAGCUCGAUUGCCGGCUAUAAUAGGCUCGACGAAGUUUUCGGAGAAGAUGCAGACAUCUUCAAUCCUGAUAGAUGGUUACACAAGGAAGGAAAGCCCGCGGUGUCUCUCGGAGUUUACGGCAACAUGUUCACUUUCGUUGGUGGACAACGGUCCUGCCUUGGUUGGCGUUUCGCCGUCAUGGAGCUGCACUCGUUUAUUGUGGAGCUUGUCAACUCCUUUGAGUUUUCUCUCGCUGAUGGUAUGGACCCUUCGCGUGUCCGACGCGAAUCUUGCUUUAUCAUGAUGCCAACAAUCGAAGGCGAGCAAGAGAAGGGGUCUCAGCUGCACAUGAAGGUUCGGGUUGCCCCAUCCGAUGAAGAUUAA